UGCACAUGGAGUUCAAGUUGUUAACAGCAAGCAUAUACCUAUAAAUUAUCUUAUUGUGCUGUGUUGUAGAAUAUAGUGGUAAAUUAGUUUAACUUUAUAAUUAUGAGUGAGCAAGUCAACUGUUUGAGUGAUUGUCCUAAUCUCAUAAGUCCUUAUAAGACACCAAAGAUUUUGUGGUAUCAAACCGGCAAUGCCGUUUUUAUUCGUAUUUUAUUACCGGAUAUCGAGAGAUACCACCUCAAAGUCACUGAUGAUACUUUUACGUUCAGGACAGAUUUGAAGGAUGGAAAGUAUUUUGUGGGUAUUAAGCUCUGUGGAACAGUAGUUGCAGAAAAGUCAUCGCAUCAAAAGCUUGGCAGAGAACUCAAAGUUUGCCUGAUCAAAGCUCACAGGUGGACUGAUUGGCCCCGAUUGCAUUUAAGUAGGGAUAAGAAUUCCUUUAUAUCACAAGAUCCUGAACAUAUUAUAAAAAAGAAAUGGGAUGAUCCUUAUGCUCCUUAUGAACAAAGGGAGAGUUUUGAAGAGUACAAAAAGCGAAUGGGAAUAACAAAUAUUAUGCCUGAAGGCUCUUCGGAAGAAGAUGGCACUGAUUCUGAUGAUGAGAAGUUGAUUGGUUAUGAUGAGAUAUAA